CACACACAGUGCACGCGCAGUGUCAGGGCUGGCUGCUGUUGCACUGCUGCAAUGGCGGCACGCUGAAGACUCGAGUUGAAUGAGUUUAUGACCGUCUGUCGUUUAUGGAUUGUGAGAAGAGGGCGCGAACAGAAUCUGCGGUACAGUGACAAACGAAUUUCGAUGCGUCUUUGUUCCUGUCUUGAUGUCAAGAGGGUAGUGUUGCUAGCCGUGCUAGCGAGCAGUAGCCUAUGCAACCGCUCCGUGGAACCAUCUCACAUCUGCAUGCAAUAGGGAACCACCACCCACCACCACUCCUCACUCGUUGAACAAUUUCAGGAGGGACUAUUCACAAUCCAGUGAAUUACAGUACUCAGUGCGAGCCGGGAUCGUCAUGGCAGAACGAAACUCCACUGGAUUACUAAUGAUGAUGAUGGAGCCGACCCCGGCAAUUGCAAUGACUCUCCCGGCGGAGGUUCGAGAGAAACUCGCGGAGCUGGAGCUGGAGCUAUCCGAAGGCGACAUCACGCAAAAGGGCUAUGAGAAGAAACGCAGCAAGCUGCUGGCUCCCUACAUCCCACAGAUCCAAGGAGUAGACCCGUCUCUGCAGCUUGAUCACCGUAUUCAGGCGUCGUCCCAAGCUCCUCCGGCCGGCUCCAAACAGAACAAAUCACGCACGCCAAACACACGGGAUGAGCGUUUCCGCUCGGAUUUGCACACAGAAGCCGUUCAAGCAGCCUUGGCCAAAUACAAAGAGCGCAAGAUGCCCAUGCCGUCUAAGAGGCGCUCCGUGCUGGUCCAGUCCUCAGUAGAAGCAUGCACACCACCAGACACCUCGUCGGCCUCGGAGGACGAGGGCUCGCUGCGCCGGCAGGGACGGAUGGCCACCUCCACCCCGUACCAGGGUCACGCCCACGCCCACGCCAGCGUGGAGCACUGGUUUAACAGGGUCAUCCAGGGCUCCUCCACCUCAUCCUCCGCAUCCUCCACCUCAUCCCACCCGGGAGGGAGGCCCCACAACACCACCAACAACACCAACACCACCAACACCUCUUCCAACACCACCUCCACCGCUGCUGCCACCACCACCAACCCUAACGCCUCCACCGCCACCGCGCUGGCGGACCUCAUGGCACACACCCAGCUAGAUAACCACUCGGCGCCGCCGGACGUGACCGGGCUGUCGGAGCGCUCGCUGCAUGCGGGCGAGCGGUCCCAGGUGGCCUCGGUACGGGGCCUCCCCCGCGGCUACAACCACGCCAGCGUCAUGGAAACCGCCGACGGCAUCAGCGAGAGCCGCGUCGGAUUCCGGGUUGUGUCGGAGGGUGUGCCGGUCAGCAGUCGCGUGUCCUCUAAGAUCCAGCAGCUGCUCAACACGCUCAAGAGGCCCAAGCGGCCCCCCCUCAGGGAGUUCUUCCUGGACGACUUCGAGGAACUGCUGGACGUCCGGCACCCGGACCCCAACCAGCCCAAGCCGGAGGGGGUGCAGAUGAGUCCCCUGGAUGGGGAGUCCAUGGGGGUGAUAAGUAACUGGCCGCCGUCCCUGCUGGCAUCGUUACAGCGCUGGGGCACCACGCAGCCCAAGAGCCCCUGCCUCACCGCCCUGGACAACGCCGGCAAGCCUGUCUACACACUCACCUACGGUAAGCUGUGGACCAGGAGCCAUAAGCUGGCCUACACCCUGAUGAACAAGCUGAGCACCAGGAACGAACCCCUGCUGAGGCCCGGAGACAGGGUGGCGCUGGUCUUCCCCAACAACGACCCGGUGAUGUUCAUGGUGGCCUUCUACGGCUGCCUGCUGGCCGAGCUGGUGCCCGUGCCCAUCGAAGUGCCCCUCACCAGGAAGGACGCAGGAAGUCAGCAGAUCGGCUUCCUGUUGAGCGGCUGUGGCGUGACUCUGGCUCUGACCACGGACGCCUGCCAGAAGGGGCUGCCCAAGGCACAGACUGGAGAGGUCGUGACCUUCAAAGGGUGGCCGCGGCUGCUGUGGUUCGUGACAGAUGGCAAGCACGUGGUGAAGCCCCCGAAGGACUGGUACCCUGCCAUACGAGACGCCAGCAACGAGAUCGCCUACAUCGAGUAUAAGACCAGUAAGGAGGGCAGCACUAUGGGCAUCACGGUCUCCCAUGCGGCCAUGUUGGCCCACUGCCACGCUCUGACACAAGCCUGCAGCUACACGGAGGGUGAAACCAUCACAAACGUUCUGGACUUCAAGAGGGACGCAGGCCUCUGGCACGGCGUGCUCACGAGUGUGAUGAAUCGGAUGCACGUAAUCAGCAUCCCCUACUCCCUCAUGAAAGUCAACCCCCUCUCCUGGAUCCAGAAGGUGCACGCAUACAAAGCGCGGGUAGCGGUGGUGAAGUCGAGGGACAUGCACUGGUCGCUGUUGGCCCAGAGGGACCAGCGAGACAUCAGCCUCAGCUCCCUACGCAUGCUCAUAGUGGCAGACGGAGCCAACCCCUGGUCGAUCUCGUCGUGUGAUGCCUUCCUGAACGUGUUCCAGGCCAGAGGCCUGAGACCGGAGGUUAUCUGCCCCUGCGCCUGCUCCCCGGAAACCUUGACGGUCGCCAUACGCAGGCCCCCAGAGACGGGCAUCCCUCCCCCUGGUAAGGCGGUGUUGUCCAUGAGCGGCCUGAGCCACAGUGUGAUCCGGGUGGACACAGAGGAGAAGCUCUCAGUCCUCACAGUGCAGGACGUGGGACAGGUCAUGCCAGGAGCCCUGGUGUGUGUGGUGCGGGUGGAGGGCACGCCGUACCUGUGCCAGACGGAUGAGGUGGGCGAGAUCUGCGUCAGCUCCAGCACCACGGGCAUCUCCUACUACGGCCUGCCUGGCAUGACCAAGAACAUCUUCGAGACCAUCCCAGUGACUGCCUCAGGGUCCCCCAUCAGCGAUCGGCCCUUCACACGCACCUCUCUGCUGGGCUUCGUGGGGCCGGACGACCUGGUGUUUGUGGUGGGCAAGAUGGACGGGCUGAUGGUGGUGAGCGGGAGGAGGCAUAACGCAGAUGACGUGGUUGCCACGGCGCUAGCGGUGGAGCCCAUGAAGUUUGUUUACAGGGGGAGGAUCGCGGUGUUCUCCGUGUCGGUGCUGCAUGAUGAGCGCAUAGUGGUGGUGGCCGAGCAGAGACCAGACGCCUCGGAAGAGGACAGCUUCCAGUGGAUGAGCCGCGUCCUACAGGCCAUAGACAGUAUCCACCAGGUGGGGGUGUACUGCCUGGCGCUGGUGCCGGCCAACACGCUACCCAAGGCUCCGCUGGGUGGCAUCCACAUCUCCGAGACCAAGCAGCGCUUCCUGGAGGGGGCGCUGCACCCCUGCAACGUGCUCAUGUGCCCGCACACCUGCGUCACCAACCUGCCCAAGCCGCGCCAGAAGCAGCCAGGUACAGAGGUGGGCCCGGCCUCCAUGAUCGUGGGUAACCUGGUGGCGGGGAAGCGGAUCGCCCAGGCCUGCGGCAGGGACGUGGCCCAGCUCGAGGAUAAUGACCAGGCACGUAAGUUCUUGUAUAUGCAGGAUGUGCUGCAGUGGCGGGCGCAGGCCACCCCUGACCACCCCCUCUUCAUGCUGCUCAACGCUAAGGGCACGGUUGCCAGCACGGCCUCGUGUCUGCAGCUCCACAAGCGUGCGGAGCGUGUGGCCGUGGCCCUGAUGGAGAAGGGCCGCCUCAACACCGGGGACCACGUGGCCCUGGUCUACCCCCCAGGUAUCGACCUGAUAGCAACCUUUUACGGUUGCCUGUAUGCGGGCUGUGUGCCCGUCACAGUCAGACCCCCCCACCCCCAAAACCUGGCCACCACCCUCCCCACCGUCAAGAUGAUUGUCGAGGUGAGCAAGUCUGUGUGCAUCCUGACCACUCAAGCAAUAACGAAGCUACUGAGAUCCAAAGAGGCGGCGGCCGCAGUGGACGUGAAGAGCUGGCCCAUGGUGCUGGACACAGAUGAUCUGCCCAGGAAGAAGCCCCCUCAGAUCUACAAGCCGCCCACGCCAGAGAUGCUGGCCUACCUGGACUUCAGCGUGUCCACCACGGGCAUCCUAGCCGGAGUCAAGAUGUCCCAUGCUGCCACCAGUGCCUUGUGUCGCUCCAUCAAGCUGCAGUGUGAGCUGUACCCCUCGCGCCAGAUCGCCAUCUGCCUCGACCCCUACUGCGGACUGGGCUUCGCACUCUGGUGCCUCUGCAGUGUGUACUCGGGUCACCAGUCCAUCUUGGUGCCUCCUCUGGAGCUGGAGAGCAACGUGUCGCUGUGGCUCUCGGCCGUCAGCCAGUACAAAGUGCGCGUCACCUUCUGCUCCUACUCCGUCAUGGAGAUGUGCACCAAGGGCCUGGGCUCCCAGACAGAGGCACUCAGGCUGCGUAACGUGAACCUGUCGUGCGUGCGCACAUGCAUGGUGGUGGCGGAGGAGCGGCCGCGCAUCACGCUGACCCAGUCCUUCUCCAAGAUCUUCAAGGACCUGGGCCUCUCCCCGCGCGCCGUCUCCACCACCUUCGGGUGCAGAGUCAACGUGGCCAUAUGCCUGCAGGGUACAGCCGGGCCUGACCCAACCACAGUCUAUGUGGACAUGAGAGCUCUUCGGCACGACAGGGUACGAUUGGUGGAGAGAGGAUCGCCACACAGCCUACCACUGAUGGAGUCGGGGAAGAUCCUGCCAGGCGUGAAGGUCAUCAUUGCCAACACGGAAACCAAAGGCCCACUGGGAGACUCGCACCUUGGGGAGGUGUGGGUGAGCAGUCCCCACAAUGCCACCGGUUACUACACGGUGUACGGGGAGGAGGCGCUGCAUGCCGAUCACUUCUGCACCAGGCUGAGCUUCGGCGACACGCAGACGGUGUGGGCUCGCACAGGCUACCUUGGCUUCCUGCGCCGCACCGAGCUGACCGACGCCAGCGGGGAGAGGCAUGAUGCACUGUAUGUGGUGGGGUCCUUGGAUGAGACCUUGGAGCUACGAGGCAUGCGCUACCACCCCAUAGACAUCGAGACAUCAGUCAUCCGCUCACACAAGAGCAUCGCUGAAUGUGCGGUGUUUACGUGGACCAACCUGCUGGUGGUGGUGGUGGAGCUGGAGGGCUCGGAGCAGGAGGCGCUGGACCUGGUGGCCCUGGUGACCAACGUGGUGCUGGAGGAGCACUACCUGAUCGUGGGCGUGGUGGUGGUGGUGGACCCCGGCGUCAUCCCCAUCAACUCGCGCGGGGAGAAGCAGCGCAUGCACCUGCGCGACGGCUUCCUGGCCGACCAGCUGGACCCUAUAUAUGUAGCCUACAACAUGUGAUGCGGCCCCGGCCCCGGCCCGGUCCCGGCUACUGCUCGGACUCAGCCUCAGCCUCGAGCUCGCACAGGGCGGAGUGGGGCUGGGCCAUGGACACGGGGCUCUAAAUUAACACCAGCCAAACGGCCAAAUGCUGGUGAAAUUACAGUUUGGCUGGUAGAUAGGACCAACUUACUACAAACCAUUUUGACCCAUUAGGGAGUGUGUGUUUGGCUAGUGAGAUGUAACAUCAGCUACCUAUUUUGGCUGGUGAUGGGGAAAAAAGUUAAUUUAGAGCCCUGUUAAUGGACAUGGCGGGAGAGAUGAACAAUUUUGCACACCAUGGGAUGGAGAAAGAGAGAGAGAGAAAGGGAGGGAGGGAGAGGAGAUGGCGGCAGAAGAUGGAGCGAGAAUGAAGUGGAAGAGACAGGACGUGAACGAACGGAUCUUCACUGUGGAUCUCUUGCUAGGUUCUCUCAGAAGACUUGGGUCAUUCUUGAUCUCCACAGAGCUAUGCAGCGUGUUUAUUUUUAUACGACUGACUCAUUUGAAUGCCUUGAACAUUGAAAUUGUUCAUUGAUUAUGUUGAGGGUUUUUUUGUGAGAUAAGGGACGACAAAAAGCUUUCCUUUUUUGUUGUCAUGGUUGAUUUUGUCCGUUUUAAAUGUGUUGUAGUUACCCAAGAUGCCCUUGUAGACAGUCAUACACUCCACGUGCCAUGAAGCACAUCAACAUUUAGGGUUUUUUUCCCCAUUAUCCUAACUGCCGACCUUAACCUGUGCUCGUGGCCAGUUUCCCCUCUGUCAGCCUAGCCACAACACUUUUAGGGGGUACUUUUCCCCAUUCAACAUCUCGAUUGCAAAUGAGAAAAUUACCGUUAAUUUAAUUUAAUAUCUUCCAAAAGCGCCGUUCAAACUUUUGUCUUGUGACGUAAUCACAAGGCCACAAGCACAAGGGAGGACAGGAGAUAGGACAAUGGAAAGAGGCCUUAGGCUACGUUCCAAUAUGCGACCUUGCGUCCUCCACUUGUGCUUGUGGCCUCGUACCAGGAAGUAAUAUGUCAUGAUGACAUCACAGACAACAGCAUAAUAUUUCAAUAUCUCGCAAAAGCUCAAUUAUAAAGUCAUUUUCUCAUUCGCAAACUGGAUGGUGAAUGAAGAAUAGCUGACAGCUGGGAAACUUAUUUGUUUUCUCCAUGGAGGAGGGGUCAGGAGGCAGGGCGAGGCCACAAGCACAAGUGGGGGAGGCAAGGUUGCAUAUGUAGUAUCGCCACAGCAAGCAGGCCGCUCAGUCUUCACAUCUCAGCAGGAAGUGGUUGUGUUAAGGGGGGGGAAUGGGUUUUAUGUGUCAUUUUCCCCUCACACUAUCAAAACCAAAAAUAAAACAUGCCAAUUAAUAGUUACACUAAGGCAGACCGCUUCCACCAAUAUUGUGGCGUUUUAUUUCUCCCCAGUAAGUGAGCUUGGAUGUGUCAUCAUGGACCACAUUAGAUGUAGGUUUUAUUCAGAGGCCAACAUGCAAUAAUAAAGGAAGAAGAAUUUGAUUGCCAGCCCAGAAGCUGUUCCAAUAUUUUUACUACACUCUUGACAAGAAAUGAAAUCCUUCUGUAGCAUUCCUUGUCAUUUGCUUUUAAACAAGCCUUAAAUAUUUCAAGAUGCCUGCUAUUAGCUUGAUUUGAAAUCAUCAUUUAAAUGAAGUUGUUAAUUAUGUCAAGACUAUGUCAACCUUGUUCAGGAUGUUCAGGUAUUCUUAACUGUAACUGUUGACUUUACUGUUUCCUGCUCCCAGAUGAUAAGUUAUAACCUUUAUUGGCAUCUUGGUUUGUUACUGACGAAGGUGAUUCGGAAAUGUCCCAUUGCUAACAUUUAAAAGAAGAAUUAAAAAAAUAGUGCUUUUAACAGCAGAGGUAUUUUUUGUCUAUUGAAAUACUUUCUGGGGGUGUAUGAAAGUGUGGGCCAUGGCUGAUGAAUGUAAAACCCAUGACUGGAUGACGUGCCAAGUGAGAGAGUUUCCCAAGAGUGUGUAGAGAAUUGACCAAAGUCACUAAUUCAUAUUCUCUUUGUUAAAACUGUUCAAUUCUUCCAUGAACACUCCCCUUUCAUGUCUGCAGACGUUAGGAAUAGAAAUGAUUUUGUUAUUAUCAGGAAUACUGAAAACUACUUGUGGUGUGCAAAACACAUUUUCAGGACCUUGCCUUCAAAUGCUCAGAGUGCUUUUUUGCCAGAAUGACCACUUUGUUAAAGGCUGUCCUUUCUUUCCUUCAUGUACACUAUACGCAAAUGGAAAGGCAGCCUUAUGUAAUUAUGUACAGAAUUUGUGUAAGUUAUUUUUGAAGCCUCAUAAGAGAUGGAUGUUCUAGGACUGGCCUUUGUUGUUACAAACCAGACCACUUCAAAUGUUAUCCUCCAACUAACCUUUUUUGUUUUUCUUUCUAAAAGACAGAAAACACGAGUGAAUAAAUUGUUUAUGAUAUUGUAAAGGGGACUGGGGAUAAUAACGGCAAACUGUUUCUAUAAUGAAGCACAUAAAUGCAACUGCAAGUCAAAAUGUAAUUGGUUCUGACAUUUUAAAAUCAACCUGGACUUAAGGUAGAGGAAAAAACAGUAUCCUCUAUCUUCAUGUAACAUUUCUUAAUAAACACAAUGCUUUUA